AUGAACCAAGUUCUGUUAUGGUUAGUUGUACUCGUUGGCUUCGUCGCCAUUGUUCUAGAAGCCGUUGCUGUACGGAAACGUGUUCUGAAAGGCUUCACGGUCUCCGGAAAUACGCCACCCGCAAGUCAAGGUCCAAGUCCAGACCGUAUUUCGGACAAUGUCUUGACUCUAACGCGACAAUCGAGACUUAGCAGACCAAAUUAUCUUAAAUCGAUGCGGCAAAAUAACCGAGUCAACGGUCAUAUGUUCGCAAUUGUUCCCCUCAUCGAAGAGGAAAUUAGUGCAGAAUUUGUUGCGGAAAUUACCUUCGGUAAACAAACUUUCCUCGCCGUUGUCGACACCGGUAGCUCAGAUACUUGGCUUGCAGAAACUGGCUUUGCAUGCGAAAGUGAUGUGACUGGGGACGCAGAACCCCAGAGUGCUUGUCUGUUUGGACCCACCUAUAACCCAAACAUGUCGUGUACUUUUACAAAAUUACCAGAUCUUCAUUUCUAUAUUGAGUACGGCGAUGGAGAAUAUCUUUUCGGAUUCAUGGGUACUGAAAAGGUUACCUUCGGUGGCAUUUCAGUCAAAAAUCAGGAAGUCGGAGUCGUCAAUAUUGCUGCCUGGGAUGGAGAUGGCGUAACUUCAGGACUCGUUGGAUUAGCAUUUUCGGCACUUACCUCCGCAUAUGCAGGAGCGAACGAAACAGAGAACACCACGUUCCCAGUGGUUUACAAGCCGAUCUUUACAAACAUGUAUGAAAGAAACCUUCUUGCACCCUUAUUUUCGUUUGCCCUUGUUCGCGGAAAUCAGUCAUUUGGUGGCCUACUAGCCUUAGGGGGGAUCCCAGAUGUACCGCAUUCGCCUAUUUUUGCGUCGACGCCAAUACAAAUACUUUAUAUCAACGGUAUGGCUUUUGAUGGAGAUGAAACAACGCCAGUGUAUACCUUCUACACAGUUGAUCUGGGUGGAUUUGUUUACGAAGGAAGCAACCUUACAAAAUAUAAUUCUUCAAGUUUCCUGACCAGCAUGUUUUCGUCAUCGGCCGGUACUCUUCAAGCAAUCGUUGAUACUGGAACUACUCUGCUCUACGUCCCAUCAGCCAUUGCAAAUGCUUCGAACGCACUUUUCAGCCCUCCAGCAGUAUACAACUCUACAGCCGGGGCAUUCACAGUGCCUUGCGAUGCUAUAGCUCCGAAGUUUGGAGUAUCUAUUGGCAGGGAAACGUUUUACAUUAACGCAAAGGAUUUGAUUUUCGACAAUGGAGAUACGACUUGCGUCUCUGGAAUUGUUGAUGGCGGUGAAGGUCCAUAUAUCUUGGGCGACGUUUUCUUGAAGAAUGUGCUUGCUGUUUUCGAUCUUGGGGCAAUGGAAAUGAGAUUUGCUGCAAGAGAAUGCUACUAG